UACAUCCUUUUUUUAAAGAGGUACUCUCAAUUGCUGAAUAGAACAGGCAGUGCAUAUUUUGCAUUCAAUUACAAGAAAGAUGCCAAUCCCUCUAAAAAACCUUCAACAAAUGGCUCUUUAUCUGGGUGUGGUGUCUGGAGGAGGAUGUGGCCUUAUGUAUUACUUUAUGCAGAAGACAUUUGCCAAGAAGGAAUAUUACUUGUCUGCCAUUGAGAAGUUGAACAGCAAAACUGAAGCUCUCGAGCUGCUAGGAGCACCACCUCUAAAAAUCCACUUCCUUCGGCUGACUGACAAAUACAACCAUGUUAAUCCAUCAGCUGCUCAGAUCAAAAUUCCAGUGUCAGGAACCAUAUCAGCUGGGUACCUGUAUACCACGUCAGUCAGAGACAGCUUUAGUAAAAGAUGGGAUCUGCAAGAGGUCACUUUACAAUUGAACAAUGGACAGAAGAUUCCUGUUUAUCAUUCAAAUGAUGACGAUGGGGAAAAAGAACUAGAACAAGGACUAUAAAGUGUGACGCAACAAAAUUCACAUAUUUUUGUAACUCGCUGUGAAAGUUUUUUUUGUUUUUUUUAUUAUUUUUCUUAAUUAUAAA